CUCCUGUUGAAGAAACGGCAAAAGCUACCACGACUAUUGCAGAACUUAUCACAUUUACCACAGACUUACACUUACAGAGACUAUACGUGCAGAGAUAUAUAUCUAUAUUAUAUAGUAAUUCAGAUCAUGUCAGCUGCUGUGUACUCCAGUGAACACGAAGAAGCUUCGGAUACGUCGCUUGUACUGAAACAGUUAGGAGAAACUGUUUAUGAUAUUAUUCGAGAUGUACAAGAUCCAGAAAAGUCUGAAACCUUAGAAGAACUAAAUGUGGUAUCAGAAGAAGGUGUUACUGUUUCCCAGCUACCUUCAGGACAGAAGGUGAUAAGGAUUGAAUUUGUGCCCACUGUACCACAUUGCUCUUUGGCAUCAUUAAUUGGCUUAACCAUACGAAGAAAGUUAAACAAAAUGCUCCCAGAAAAACACAAGAUUGACAUUUUCAUCAAAGAGGGCUCCCAUGCAACUGCAGAUGAAAUUAACAAACAGAUCAAUGACAAGGAGCGAAUCUUUGCAGCUAUGGAAAAUCCAAACCUUCGGGAUAUAGUGGAAAGAUGCAUAGCUGAUAGAGAAAGCUGACAUCUUGGCAAGUUAACAUAUUCUUGAUAAAAGAAAACUCAAUUAACGGAAAACAGUUGUUGCAGUAUUGAUCAGACCCAGACAGCAAAAUUGAUUAUAUUUUGUCUUCCCUUUGUGGUGGGAAAUUUGUGCUCCAAAAAAUCAUUCUUUUAUGCUGUACACAUGAUCUGGCUGAAUGAGUAACACAGUGUGGUCCAUAUUGGGCAAUUAUUUUUUUAUCAUUUUGAACAGUUCAUGUGUGUGAUUUAUAGUAUAUGUACAGAUGGAUCAGUCGUUAUUACAGAUUUGUAGAAUUUGAUUAUUGCACAAUUGAUGGAGUCUGGAGUGCAUGCUUUUAUAUUCAAUAGCAGAACUGUGUUUAUAGGUGUUUCAGUGAGAGACUUUUGAAGACAUAAGUAUACAGCUGCACUUUGUGAUGCUUAGUUGUAAAACUUAUUUGUGUUUACCUUUUGGUCAAAUCAGUAAGUCGUUUAUGUACAAAUUUUCUUUCUAAAAUGUUACCUUUUUUUAAGGCUGUGAUGGUACUUUGUGUUCAGCUUUUUUUUUACUACCUAUUAAAAUAGAUAAUUUUUUUUUUAAAUUAAGCAUUUUGUCAAGAAUUUCCUAGUCGGAAGAAGAAGUUAUGUGCAAAAUUCCAGGUAACUGUUUUUAGGAGAAGAAUGAGGCAAGAUGAAGCUUGGUUGAGGUUUUCUUGGGAGCAGUGAACAGUUUGUAGCUAGAAUAAUUACUGUUAGCACCCUGUCCAGCAAAUGAUUCUUUUACGCUGACUUAAGUGAGAAGUGUAUGAAAGCUGUUUUGUAAGAAGAAGGGGCUGGUAUUAUACCGUAUUACCUAAGAUUACAUCAGGGCAAAGCAGCCUGGCCUGUUACAGAUACUACAUGCAGUAAAAAGAACAGCAUUCCCGAGACGAGAUCUGAACCCAGGGCAGCAAGUCCUCACUGUAAUUGGUGACAGCUGCUAACCGUUGGGCCACCGGACCGCUAGAAAUGUAUUUUAAUAGCACUUUCGUGCACCACGGAGCAAAUAAUGCCAAUUUUACUGCAUUAAGACUUUGUAAAGGAAAAUUUACCACUCUAUAAGAUGGUUAAGAUUCAACGUAAAAAUACGAAAACAGCAGAAAAAUACAAUGCAUCUUUCUAGGGAUGUACAAUAGGGUUCAUACUCUACCGAGUCUACAGCACAAACUGCGUCUCUACAAUAUGGCGGCCGCGAAACUGGAUGCUAAUAUAUUGGACACAGAUCAUGACUAUGCUGUGCUAAAAAGUGAUCACUCAUCCUCCACAAGAAAACAACAGCCAAUUUCGUUUAUACAGUUGAUUGUUGCUAUUUUUUCAAUAAAAGGAUGGAACCUC